UUCUAGAUGCAUUUGGAAAACCUGGUCCAGGAUUGACACUUCUGAGACUAAACUUUGUUGGAGACUAUGCUCAGUGUCGUAGAGCAUCAGCUGUGUCUGUGGACAGAGGUCAGAGCUUCCGCGGAAAUUAUUGUAUUCUCAAGGCAAAUUUGAAGCCUGCCGGUAUCCCUGUUCAACUUCCUGUCCAACUAGGAGCCUGCAUGCCAGACACUUGCUCUGUUGAUGAUAACACUUUGCUUGUCAGUGAAGUGAUCCGUCUGCUGGGCAUCAAUGGGACCUUACAAGCUGCCCCUGCUGAAUGCCACACAGAGGACCGGGACAUGAGCACAGCUACAGUCAUUGCCAUAGUUGUUCUGGCAAUUAUUGGUUUAUUGAUGAUUCUCGGCACCGCUUUUGACAUCGUUGUUAUUCAGUGGCCCAAAUGGAGAGCCAUCAACGAGAAAGAGAGUGCUGAAGCUAUAGGAUACACUGAUGUUGGAGAGGUGAAUCGGGAGACGGAGCCCCUUCUAAGCAAUGAUACAUUGAUAAAGGGCAGGGAUAAGCCUACAGGCAUCUAUAUCCAGCUGCUUUUGGCAUUUUCUGUGUACACCAAUGGAUCUAAGGUCUUGGACACCAAGCAGCCUGCAGGAUCUCUCAGUGCCAUCCACGGCAUCCGGUUCCUCAGUAUGUGCUGGGUCAUCCUGGGCCAUGUCUUUGUCUUUGGGCUGGGACAGUUUGAGAAUUUGUUUUCUGAGAUGCCUAUUUUGAUGGGGCGAUGGACAUUUGAUGCCGUUGCCAAUGCUCUGGUGUCAGUUGAUACAUUCUUCACUCUCAGUGGCCUGUUGACGGCUUACCUGGCACUUAAUGAGAUGAAAAAGCAAGGGUGGAAACUUAACUGGCCUCUAUACUACUUUCAUCGAUUUUGGAG